CACCGUUCCUCUGUCGCCGUUCUCCGUCUUUAGCCGCCACUUUUUCUUCCCCUUUCCGGUGACGAUUUGGUGUCAAAACAUCCGCUUCUUUCGCUUCAUUCAAAUUGGCCACGGAAGAUCACCAUUCAAUUAUUAGAAACCAAAAAAAAAAGGCAAGCAAUGGAACAAAAGCAUAUACUGUUGUCGGCGUUGAGUGUUGGGGUAGGCGUAGGGGUGGGGCUGGGGUUGGCUUCGGGUCAGAGCAAAUGGACCGGAAGCGGUUCGUGUGCAUCAACCGGCAUCACUUUGGAGAGGAUGGAGAAAGAAUUGCUCCGCCAAAUCGUCGAUGGCAGAGAAAGCAAGGUCACCUUUGAUCAGUUUCCCUACUACCUCAGUGAGCAGACUCAAGCAUUGCUAACUAGUGCUGCCUAUGUCCACUUGAAACAUGCUGAUGUUUCCAAGUACACAAGGAACCUUUCCCCUGCUAGUCGAGCCAUAUUGCUAUCAGGACCUGCAGAACUUUACCAGCAAAUGCUUGCCAAAGCUUUAGCCCAUUACUUUGAAUCAAAGUUGCUGCUGUUGGACGUAACUGACUUUUCCUUAAAAAUUCAGAGUAAAUAUGGAAGUGGCAAAGAAUCUUCUUUCAAAAGGUCCACUUCGGAGACAACACUAGAGCGAUUGUCUGGCAUAUUUGGUUCAUUUUCACUCCUUUCUCAGGAGUUACCCAAAGGUACAUUGAGGCGGCAAAGUAGUGGUGUGGAUAUUGGAUCAAGGGGAGUAGAAGAUCCUCCUAAGCUACGUAGAAAUGUAUCUGCAUCAGCUAAUAUCAAUAGCCUUGCUUCUCAAUGCACUUCUGCAAAUCCAGCUCCUCUGAGGCAGACAAGCAGUUUCUCUUUUGAUGAGAAGCUUCUUAUACAGUCUCUUUAUAAGGUGUUGGUUUAUGUGUCAAAAGCCACUCCUCUUGUGCUGUAUCUUAGGGACGUUGACAAGCUUUUGUUUAGAUCGCAAAGGAUCUGUAACUUGUUUCAAAAAAUGUUAAAUAAACUAUCUGGAAAUGUGUUGAUCCUUGGCUCACGAGUUGUAGAUCUGGGUAACGAUGACAGAGAAGUGGAUGAGAGGCUAACUGCCAUUUUCCCUUACAACAUUGAGAUCAGGCCCCCAGAAGAUGAAAAACAUCUUGUCAGCUGGAAGUCUCAGCUGGAGAAGGAUAUGAAGAUGAUGCAAGCUCAGGAUAAUAGAAAUCACAUCAUGGAGGUACUUUCAGCAAACGAUGUUGAUUGCGAUGAUCUAGAUUCAAUUUGUGUGGCAGACACAAUGACCCUCAGCAAAUACAUUGAAGAGAUUGUGGUAUCAGCCAUUUCUUAUCAUUUGAUGAAUAAUCAGGAUCCUGAAUAUAGAAACGGAAAACUCAUGAUAUCAUCUAAAAGUUUGUCACAUGGAUUGAGUAUAUUCCAGGAAGGAAAGUCCACUGGCAAAGACACAUUAAAAUUGGAAGCAGAAACUGAAACAUCAAAGGAAGCAGGAGAAGUUUCUGUAGGUUCAAAGCCAGAAUCAAAAUCUGGGAGCACAAAUCCUGAAAAGAAGAGCGAAAUGGAGACAACAGCUACAGUAACAAAAACUGAGGGUGAAAACCCCGCCCCAGCCUCAAAAGUUCCUGAAGUUCCUCCUGACAAUGAAUUUGAAAAGCGUAUAAGGCCAGAGGUCAUACCAGCAAAGGAGAUUGAUGUUACAUUUGCUGACAUUGGUGCCUUAGAUGAAACCAAAGAAUCCCUGCAGGAGCUAGUAAUGCUUCCUCUUAGAAGGCCAGACCUUUUCCAAGGUGGACUUCUAAAACCUUGCAGGGGAAUACUGUUGUUUGGUCCUCCUGGUACAGGGAAGACAAUGCUGGCCAAAGCCAUUGCCAGAGAGGCUGGAGCAAGCUUCAUUAAUGUAUCCAUGUCUACCAUUACUUCUAAAUGGUUUGGUGAAGAUGAGAAAAAUGUCCGAGCUCUGUUCACAUUGGCAGCCAAGGUCUCUCCAACUAUUAUAUUUGUUGAUGAGGUUGAUAGCAUGCUUGGUCAGAGGACUAGAGUUGGAGAGCAUGAAGCCAUGCGGAAAAUAAAAAAUGAGUUUAUGACUCACUGGGAUGGGCUAUUGACAAAGCCAGGUGAACGUAUCCUUGUUCUUGCUGCAACCAACAGGCCAUUUGACCUUGAUGAAGCCAUCAUUAGGCGUUUUGAGCGAAGAAUCAUGGUGGGGCUUCCUUCUGCAGAUAACAGGGAAAAAAUUUUUAGAACUCUCCUGUCAAAAGAAAAGGUAGUAGAUGGUCUAAACUUCACUGAGCUUGUAUCAAUGACAGAAGGAUAUACAGGAAGCGACCUUAAGAAUUUAUGCACAACAGCUGCUUAUCGGCCAGUUAGAGAGUUAAUUCAGCAAGAGCGAUUGAAGGAUCUGGAGAGAAAGCAGAGAGCUGCAGAAGGGCAGAACACUGAAGAUGCCUCAACUAAAAACAAUGGUGCAGAGGAAAGAAUCAUUACCCUAAGGCCAUUAAACUUGGAAGAUUUCAGGCAAGCAAAGAAUCAGGUGGCAGCUAGCUUUUCUUCUGAGGGAGCUGGAAUGAACGAGUUGAAACAAUGGAAUGACUUGUAUGGAGAAGGGGGUUCGAGAAAGAAGGAGCAAUUAACCUACUUCCUAUGAGACACAGGAUUCAAUAUACAGUUGCAAGCGACAUAGGAAGAGUUUUAUAGAGGAUGUCAUGAUUUAAACAUUGACAAGUGGCUGAAAUACUGAUAGAAGAACAAAAUAAGAAGUGGAAACAAAUCCAACGAAAACCCAUCCUUUCUUAGUAUCUGUAAGUUCUGUUGUGAAGAAGAGAAAAGUUUGUAAUAUUAUUUUAAUAUAGUUUGGGGGGUUUGUGUAUAAUGCUUCGGAUCAUGUUGCUUUUAUUAAGCCUGGAAUAGAGUAGUAAAAACCCGUAGUCUGCAUAAUGCUGAUCUGAAACAA